UCAGGGUUGAUGGGGCCCACUCAGCUCCUCAUUAGUACCGUUAACUAGAAGCAGUCUGCAGAGGGAAGGAAGGUGAAUGGAGUUAGUGGCACCAUGCAGGAACCUGCUGCUUCAUUAGCAGAAACAGAGGCUGUUUUCAGGGGCUCUGCCAUUGCCAAGAUUGUUGGUGCAAAUGUUGCUCACAACCCUAAAUUUGACAACACUGUAAAGAUGUGGGUGUUUGAGGAGCUAGUGAACGGGCGCAAACUGACCGAGAUAAUCAACACCAGCCAUGAAAAUGUGAAGUACCUCCCUGGGCACAAGCUGCCAACUAAUGUGCUGGCGGUUCCAGACCUGGUGGAGGCAUCCAGGGAUGCAGACAUUCUGGUGUUUGUGAUCCCGCACCAGUUCGUCGGCAAAGUGUGUGACACAUUAAAGGGCAAGGUUAAAAGCGACGCGCUCGGAAUAUCCCUCAUUAAGGGUGUAGAUGAGGGGCCUGAUGGACUUAAACUCAUCUCUGAUGUAAUCCAGGAGAAGCUCGGUAUCACAAUGAGCGUGCUGAUGGGAGCCAACAUUGCUAACGAAGUUGCAGAUGAGAAGUUCUGUGAGACCACUAUUGGAUGUAAGAAUAAAAACCACGGGACUCUUCUGAAAGAACUCAUGCAGACCAGUAACUUCAGAGUGACUGUAGUCGAAGAGUACGAUGUGGUGGAAAUUUGUGGAGCUCUGAAGAACAUUGUUGCAGUAGGGGCAGGUUUCUGCGACGGUCUGGGCUUCGGGGACAACACCAAGGCAGCAGUGAUCAGACUGGGCCUGAUGGAGAUGAUUGCUUUCGCAAGGAUUUUCUGCAAAGUUGGGCCCGUUUCCUCUGCAACCUUCCUGGAGAGCUGCGGGGUGGCUGAUCUCAUCACAACUUGCUACGGAGGACGCAAUCGCAAAGUUGCUGAGGCUUUUGUCAAAACAGGAAAAUCCAUCGAGGAACUGGAAAAAGAGAUGCUGAACGGGCAGAAGCUGCAGGGACCUGCGACAGCUGCUGAAGUUUAUCUCAUCCUCAAGCACAAAAACCUGGUUGAUAAGUUCCCUCUGUUCAACGCCGUGUAUCAGAUCUGCUUCCAGAGCCAUCCUGUCUCAGAGUUCAUCAGCUGCUUGCAGAACCACCCAGAGCACAUGUGAGAAGGUGGAACUUGCAGGGUUCCUCCUCAACAGGAACACAACCACUGUUUAAACCUGUGAGGAGUGACUCAUCAUUCAUGGUUGAAGACCGACAUGUUGACCUCACUCAGAUUGCAUGUUGAAGCUGCACAAGUAUUACAAGGUCUAUUUGAGACAUAACAUUAAGGGAUUUCAUCCCAUUUCCAGUUGUGUAGUACAACAUGAAGGAUAACUUCUGUCCCAUCAUAGUGGUCCAACAACUGUUUCUUUUUUUGUACAUUUGAUCCUAAUCAGAAUUUAUGGUUUUCCAUUUUAAAGAUUUAAGACUCAAGUCCACUUUUUAUGACAUCUUUAAAAAUGUGAAAAAUGUCUUUAUAUGCUAAUAUAUAAUGAAUCAGCUGUUAGUAGCAACACAUUUGUGAUAUUAUUCUACAGCACUAAUGUUUCCAUCCAGUGAACCACAAUGAUUAUUUUAAUUGCAA